AUAGCCUUAUGCAUGUCCCAUCAAGUCUACACAUAUUACAUGUUACUUAUUACUUAGGAUAGCCUUAUGCAUGUCCCAUCAAGUCUACACAUAUUACAUGUUACUGAUUACUUAGGGUAGCCGUAUGUAUGUCCCAUCAAGUCUACACAUAUUACAUGUUACUGAUUACUUAGGGUAGCCGUAUGUAUGUCCCAUCAAGUCUACACAUAUUACAUGUUACUGUUUUCAUAGGAUAGCCUUAUGUAAGUCCCAUCAAGUCUACACAUAUUACAUGUUACUGUUUUCAUAGGAUAGCCUUAUGCAUAUCUCAUCAAGUCCACAUAUUAAAUGUUACAGUUUCCUUAGGAUAGCCUUAUGCAUGUCCCAUCAAGUACACACAUAUUACAUGUUACUUAUUAUUUAGGAUAGCCGUAUGCAAGUCCCAUCAAGUCUACACAUAUUACAUUUUACAGUUUCCUUAGGAUAGCCUUAUGCAUGUCCCAUCAAGUCUACUCAUAUUACAUGUUACUUAUUACUUAGGAUAGCCUUAUGUAAGUCCUAUCAAGUCUACACAUAUUACAUGUUACUUAUUACUUAGGAUAGCCUUAUGCAUGUCCCAUCAAGUCUACACAUAUUACAUGUUACUUAUUACUUAGCAUAGCCUUAUGUAAGUCCCAUCAAGUCUACACAUAUUACAUGUUACUGUUUUCUUAGGGUAGCCUUAUGUAUGUCCCAUCAAAUCUACACAUAUUACAUGUUACUGUUUUCUUAGGAUAGCCUUAUGUAUGUCACAUCAAGUCUACACAUAUUACAUGUUACUUAUUACUUAGGAUAGCCUAAUGCAUGUCCUAUCAAGUCUACACAUAUUACAUGUUACUGUUUCCUUAGGAUAGCCUUAUGCAAGUCCCAUCACAUCUACACAUAUUACAUGUUACUGUUUUCAUAGGAUAGCUUUAUGCAUGUCCCAUCAAGUCUACCCAUAUUACAUGUUACACUUUACUUAGGCUAGUCUUAUGCAUGUGCCAUCAAAUCUACACAUAUUACAUGUUACUUAUUACUUAGGAUAGCCUUAUGCAUGUCCCAUCAAGUCUACACAUAUUACAUGUUACUUAUUACUUAGGAUAGCCUUAUGCUUGUCUCAUCAAGUCUACACAUAUUACAUGUUACUUAUUACUUAGUAUAGCCUUAUGCAUGUCUCGUCAAGUCUACACAUAUUACAUGUUACACUUUCCUUAGGAUAGCCUUAUGCAUGUCCCAUCAAGUCUACACAUAUUACAUGUUACACUUUCCUUAAGAUAGCCUUAUGCAUGUCCCAUCAAGUCUACACAUAUUACAUGUUACUGUUUCAUUAGGAUAGCCUUAUGCAUGUCACAUCAAGUCUACACAUAUUACAUGUUACACUUUCAUUAGGAUAGCCUUAUGCAUGUCCCAUCAAGUCUACACAUAUUACAUGUUACACUUUCAUUAGGAUAGCCUUAUGCAUGUCCCAUCAAGUCUACCUAUGUUACAUGUUACUGUUUUCUUAGGAUAGCCUUAUGCAUAUCCCAUCAAGUCUACCCAUAUUACAUGUUACUGUUUCUUAAGAUAGCCUUAAACAUGUCCCAUCAAGUCUACCUAUAUUACAUCUUACUGUUUGUUUAGGAAAGCGUAUGCAUGUCCCAUCAAGUCUACCUAUAUUACAUGUUACUGUUUGCUUAGGAUAGCCUUAUGCAUGCCCUAUCAAGUUUACCUAUAUUACAUGUUACUGUUUGCUUAGGAUAGCCAUAUGCACGUCCCAUCAAGUCUACACAUAUUACAUGUUACACUUUCCUUAGGAUAUGGUCUCCCGAACUGUACACAAUAUUCCAGAUCAGGCGUAACUAAUGAUCUGUAAAGUGGCAUAAGAACCUUGGUAUUUUUGCUACUAAUACCUUUCCCAAUGCAGCCAAGUAUUUGACUGGCCUUAAUGGCUGCACUGCUGUAUUGUGUACCAAAUUGUAAAUCACCUGAAAUAAUAAUUCACAAGUCCUGUUCUUCUUUAGUUACAGUCAGUAAUGUACCAUUGAGACUAUGUGGUAGAUUUAACAAAGGCCGAAUGGCCCUUGUUCUCCUAGUUUCCGCGUCAGCCUUCAGGCUCGCCGGAAACAGCAGUUAUUAAACAGCAGUCUAAAGACCGCUGCUCCAUAACUGGUCCACUGCCUCUGAGGCUUUGGUCUUCAAUCCGCACGAUUCUAUACGAUUGGGCUGAUUGACACCAACUGCUAGAAGCCGCAGAUCAGCAGGGGGCAGCAUUGCACAAGCAGUUCUGGUGAACUGCUUGUGCAAUGAUAAAUGCCAAUAGCUUAUGCACAGCGUAUCAUGUCGGACAGACAUUGGUAAAUCUACCCAUAUAAUUGGCUUUUGGGUUUUUGUAUCCUACAUGUAUAAUUUUGCUGUUGGUUAUAUUCAAUUUCAUAUCCCGUUUAUUUGCCCAGUCCUCCAGUUUUUUAAUAUCACUCUUUAUUUGAUUAACUCCUCCUGGAAUAUCAAUUCUCUUACAAUUUUUUGUAUUAUUAGCAAACAAGCAAACCUUCCCCUAAAGCCUUCUUCCAAUAUCACUUCUGAACAUGUUAAAAAAAACAGGCCCAAGAACUGACCCUUGGGGAGCACCACUAGUAAUUGACCCCUUAUUUGAAUGUACUCCAUUAAUUGAAACCUUCAGCUUUCUAUCCUUAAGCCAGCAUUCUACACACUUAACAAUCUUAGCAUCUACUCCAAGGCAAUACAUUUCGUGAAACAGCUUGUUUUGUGGGACAGUGUCAAAUGCUUUGCUAAAGUCUAGAUAUGCAACAUCUAUGGCUCCUCCCUGGUCUAUUAAUUUAGUUGCAUGGUCAAAGAAAUCAAUUAGAUUAGUCUGGCAUGAUCUUCCAGCAGUGAAACCAUGCUGUCCUUUGUCGUCUAAGUUGUUUCUCUGAGGGUAAGACGCAAAACUUUCCUUUAAAAGAGUUUCAAUUAAUUUGCCUGAAAUAGAGGUCAAACUGACUGGCCUAUAGUUAGCAGAAGAGGGACUACAUUGGCAAUUUUCCAGUCCUUUGGAACAACUCCUGUUAACAGUGAUUGAUUAAAGGAGCAGUAUACAUCAAUUGUCAUUUAACUGCAUGUAAUUAGACACUACUAUAAAAAAUAAUAUGCACAGAUACUGAAAUAAAAACCAAUAUAAAACCUAGACAUAAGGUAUUAAUGCCUUGCUAGGCAUAAGGUAUUAAUACUUUGCUAGACAUAAGGUAUUAGUGCGUUGCUAGACAUAAGGUAUUAAUACUUUGCUAGACAUAAGGUAUUAGUGCGUUGCUAGACAUAAGGUAUUAAUACUUUGCUAGACAUAAGGAAUUAAUACUUUGCUAGACAUAAGGUAUUAUUGCUUUGCUAGACAUAAAGUAUUAUUGCUUUGCUAGACAUAAGGUAUUAAUGCUUUGCUAGACAUACAGUAUUAGUGUGUUGCUAGGCAUAAGGUAUUAAUAGUUUGCUAGACAUAAGGUAUUAAUACUUUGCUAUAUAUAAGGUAUUAAUACUUUGCUAGACAUAAGGUAUUAAUGCUUUUCUAGACAUAAGGUAUUAAUACUUUGCUAGACAUAAGGGGCGCCAUCCGAUAUACGGCGUAGUUUUCGGCGCAAGCGAGGGAACCCAUGCCGCCCAUAAUUUAACCUUGCACAUCGGGGCAUUACAUAUACUGCGCCAUCAGAUGCUAAAGUGGCGUAAGUAGGACAAACUGGCGUUCUUCAGAAAAGUGAGCAAAUACACAUUUUACUCGUCGCAAGUAACUUACGCCUGUAUUUUGUCCACGUAAAGUCUCAAUAAAGAGUAGUUUUAUGUAAAUUAGGCUAACACUUGUAAAAAUCACCCGCGACUACAUCUAAAAAUGCGCCACGUAAUUACGCUAUUCAAAAGUCAUAUAUAAACCUAUGCGCAGCCGCCAUUUUCUUCAGUGUGUUUGGAUGGUUUGUUAAGCUACAGCACACUACAGUGGAGUGGAGGAUUAGACAGAGUAGAGAGAGAGGCGCAAACAGAGGAGUUAGUUAGGUCGCAUUGUUGGUUGGUUAAGCUUGUACACUUACACAUAUUUUUACAUAUUGCACACAUAUUGCAUACAUACAUAUACAAAUACACAACACUUUUUUUUUCUAACACCUCACACAUUUUAUUUCAAUUUUACAGUGUGAUAGGCUGAGUGUUUGGUUGUGAUUGUGUGUGAUUGAACUGGGAGUGAGUGUGUGAGUGUGUUAGUGUGUGUAGUGUGAGGAUGGCAGGGAGAGGUAGAGCGGAGGGGAGGAGGGGAGAGGAGUGGCAGGGAGAGGAGUAUUGUAGAGGACAGGGGGAGCAGCGGGGUCCCCGUCAGGGAGUAAGUGGAGUGGGGAGAGGGAGAGCUAGAAGGGAUGAUGGGAGGGGAGAUGCCCAGAGACCAGGCACAUCUAGAAGAGGGACAGAGGGUGCACAUGGGGACAGAAGGGGGGAGGAGGGAGAGGAUAGGGAGGAACCCACACCAGGGACAUCGCAGGGAGCAAGUCAGGUGUCCACAGAGGUUGGAAGGAUGAGAUGUCCUAACUUCUCAUUCGAUGAGAAAUUUGCCCUAGUCUAAGCCAUCAUGGACAACCACAGUGCCCUCUUUGGCCAGGAGAAGGGCAAAGGUGUUGCCAGAAGGCGUAAAACAGCAUGGUUGGCAGUAGAGGAUGCCGUCAACAGUGUGGCCCCACAGAGGAGGACUGUUGAGGGCCUUAAAAAAAGGUGGAAUGACUGUAAGAGGUGGGUGAAAGAGAAGAUGGGGCAGGAAGCCAUGCACCAGAGGGGAACAGGUGGUGGUCCACCAUUGGACACAGAAUACAACACCUGGCAGGAGAUGAUAUGUAGGUCCCUGAGUAUCACAGCAGUCCGUGGACUUCCAGGAGCUCGUGACUCAGAGGCUGCAACCACAGCACCUCAUGCUGAACCUCCUGUCACCAGGCUGCAAACAGGCAUGCCACCACCACCACCAGUCACAGGCAUGCAGCCACCACCACCAGUCUUCAGGUAACCACGUGAACAUUAUGCUCCCAGGAAUGAGCAGGGUUGAAUGGCUUCAGUUGAGGACCCGGAAGUGAUGCCACCACCAUUGCCAUAUGAGCCCUGGCAAGAUUCCUGGCCAGAGGAAUACUCUUCUUUUGGCUUUGAGGGGGAGCCAAGUCAGCCACAAAGGGUCCAUGUCUUUACCCCCCCCAACACAAUAUCAGGGCAGUCAUGGCUUUUACACACAGGGUAUGUCCCAAGAAGUGCAAACUCGACAGGCUGAGUGGUCACACACUGGUCAUCAAUGGGACUACCAAUCCACCCUGAGAGCUCCACCAUCCUCUCCCCUUGGGAGAGCUCCACCAUCCUCCUCCCUUGGGAGAGCUCCACCAUCCUCUUCCCUUGGGAGAGCUCCACCAUCCUCUUCCCUUGGGAGAGCUCCACCAUCCUCUUCACUUGGGAGAGCUCCACCAUCCUCUUCCCUUGGGAGAGCUCCACCAUCUGCAGAUGAGCAUAUAGCUGAAGAUGUCCCACAAGCACCAGCAGAUGAAGAUGUCCCACAAGCACCAGCAGAUGCAGCUGAAGUUGUUCCUCAAGCACCAGCAGAUGCAGCUGAAGUUGUCUCUCAAGCACCAGCAGAUGCAGCUGAACCUGCACCUCAAGCACCUAGAAGCCCUGCUGCUCAAGAGCCUGUGGAUGCAUUGUAUUCUCCCCUGGGUGAGGAAUACAUUGCACUCCAGAGGAGGCUCAUAACAAGCUGCGAGAGCAGACAAAGAGGCCAAGAGAGGUUUUACAGGAGCCAAGAGAGGUUUCACAGGAGCCAAGAGAAGUUACACAGGAGCCAAGAGAGGUUACACAAGCGUAGCAUAGAGCUGCAGAGGGACAUGGCAGCAUCAUUAAAUGGAAUUGUUCAAAACCAGUCACAGAUGAUGCGAAUUCUGUCUGAUAUGCAGAUGCAGAUGGACAAUAGAUGGCGGUAACAAAAUCAACUCUUGAGUGUGUUGGUUGAGCUCUUUACACACCAGCAGGACACUGCCUCCAGCCUAUCAUCUGUGGCCAGCACUCCAGCAGAAUCAUCUGAAUCUUCACAAACCAGGAGAACAAGGCAAUCCACUACAGUCACCUCAGCCCCCUCAUCCAAGAAGCCUAAAAAGAAAUAAAUAUUCUUAUAGUUCACCAUAAA